UUGAUGAUUAUUCCUAUCUAAAAAGUCAUAAUUAUCAACGGUUAAUGGUCCUUUCUCCUACAUCCCCUGGUCAAAUGAAAAAAACCCUGCAAAAUUUAGCGAGCCUUAUCAAAAUCCCAAAUCAAAAUAAGCUGGAAAACCCGCAAAAAACUGCUCCAAGAUUCAAACUUGAUCCCAAAUUUGACUACCCAAAUGGCUCAAAACCAAAGACCAACAACCUUCCUUGAUUCAUUUGGAGAAGAAAUCAUCAGAAUCCUAACCCCUGUUUCAAUAUGCAUGUUUUUGGUUGUCCUUCUGGUUUCUAUUCUCAACUCAAAUUCUUCAGCUUCAGUAACAUCAAUUGCAACCAUAGCUUACUCAGAAACCAGCUCAGAUUCAUCCUGGGACAAAUUCCUAGGUGCCCUUUUGAAUUCUUUAGCUUUUGUAGCUGUUGUCACUGUUGCUACCUUUAUUUUGGUGCUCCUUUUUUACCUUAGAUGCACUAAGUUCUUGAAAAUAUAUAUGGGUUUUUCUUCUUUUGUGGUUUUGGGAUUUAUGGGUGGUGAAAUUGCCUUGUUUUUUAUUGAGGAAUUUAGUGUUCCUAUUGACUGUAUUUCCUAUUUAGUGGUUCUGUUUAAUUUUGCUGUUGUUGGUGUUUUGGCUGUGUUUAUGUCCAAAAUGGCAAUUCUUGUGACACAAGGGUACUUGGUUUUGAUUGGAAUGUUCGUUGCUUAUUGGUUUACUCUUUUGCCCGAAUGGACUACUUGGGUGUUAUUGGUUGUUAUGGCAUUGUAUGAUCUUGCUGCGGUUUUGUUGCCUGUUGGGCCUUUAAGGCUUCUCGUGGAGCUUGCUAUGUCUAGGGAUGAAGAUAUCCCGGCUUUGGUUUAUGAGGCUAGGCCUGUUACUCAUCAUGAUUCUGGUUCAGGGGAGAAUACAGUUCGAAGGAGAGUUUGGAGAGAAAGGAGAAAUGUUAGACAUGAUUCGGAGGAUAAUUCAAAUUUGGAUGGCAAUGUUGUUUCUGAUUCGAACUCUACUGUUGUUGCUGUUCAGCACUGCCAUAAUGGCUCAAUAAUUGCUAGAGUGGAAGAGGGGCAGGUUUCAGAAGGGAAUGCUGAGCUUUCUGCACCAUUAAUUGAUCACAGAAUGAAUGGUCAAGACGGUAUGUCAACUGAAAGCUUGGUGCUAGAGGGUAUGGGUUUGGGUUCUUCCGGGGCUAUCAAGCUUGGAUUGGGGGACUUUAUCUUCUACAGCGUGCUAGUCGGUAGAGCAGCAAUGUAUGAUUUUAUGACAGUGUACGCAUGUUAUCUUGCUAUUGUAGCUGGUUUGGGCAUUACACUGAUGUUAUUGGCAUUUUAUCAGAAAGCUCUACCUGCUCUUCCUGUGUCAAUAGCACUAGGUGUGUUGUUUUAUUUCUUAACAAGGUUCCUACUUGAAGUUUUCAUUGUACAAUGUUCUUUGAAUCUUGUGAUGUUUUAAAAUAUAAUUAUUUCAUGCUUAAGUUAUAGAAUAUGGCUCACUGAAUUCAUGACCAAUUCUGUGACUUCGCUGAAGUCUUUAAGAAGCUAUACGUCAAUUCUGUUAAUCUAUCUAUGGAAGCCCUGUGUUUGAAGUUGAAACCUUGAGUGAGUGAUCUAAUUAAAUUAUUCGAAGAAAUGAAAAUGAAUUGCUGUAUGUUUACCAAAAAGAGAACCAAAUUUAGUACUAAGGUGGGAAGCAACUUUGCGAUUUGGGAAGCAUCCAUGGAAAAUGCCAUGGAAGCAAAAAAAAAAAAAAAAAAAAGAGUUGAGAGGACA